AUGAUCUCCGCCAUCCCAAACCUCCCCGCUUCUCGACCACGCCCAGGUCCCGUUGGACGAUGGUAUCUCCCUGCGAUGGCUCUGAUCAGCAUCGGAUUCGGAAUCUCAAAUUACUACUCCCAAUCAGCCACUAAUGCCCGAAUUGAGAGUCAGAUCAGAGAAGAGGAGCGUCUCAAGCGGAACCGGCAGUUAAUGGAUGCAUACGGGCACAAGGAUAGCUUGGAGGAUGUCGAACGGGCGUCGAAGGCUUAUGAAAAUUGA